AAAGAUACUUUUUGCCGCAGUGAGAAGGGAAAUUCAGAAGGGAAGCUUGCCUAAAACAUGCUCUGGCCCAGUCCCUGAAGGCUGAGCAACCAGCACUGUCCUAUGGACUGGCCGGCCACCGCUGUGGCCGUUAAACUGUGUUAGCUGUUAAACUGGCUAACAUGAAAAGGGGGGGGAAGAAGAGCUACCUACAUUGGUCCCUGUGUGCUCUAAGCCUGUUUCAGGCUCACAGCCUGUGAAUAUUCCUGCCUUCUGUGCCCUGAUUAAGCUCGGGGGGGCUGUGGCAAAAUCAAAAGGGGGCCACUGUUUUGCUUUCAAUGUGAACUAACAGUGUGUCAGAAGAUGACUGUUUGCAGAAAGUCCAUUUCAGCAGACAGACUUGGAAACUGUGCCACCAGAACUCAAAGUGAUAUCGAUGGAAACAGCUUUUGUGCAGAAGUGAACGAAUGUCUUAACAACUGCAAAUGAAAUACACCAAGACAGAGUUUUGGACUGCAAUAAAAUCCCUGAAAUGGGUCAAGAGGCAACCCAAAGCGCCUCUGAAGUGUUCAAACGAGUGCUAUGGUUUUACAUCCGUGAUAGCAGAGAAGAGGAUAAGGAGCUACCGCCGGACUGAGCCCGGAUGCGCAAAACAAGCCAUCGUAUUAACUACUCUGAAGUCUAAGGAGUUUUGUGCAGAUCCAGAGGCUGAGUGGGUGAAGAAGAUUGUAGAGAAACUGGACCAGAAAAAGGCCACAGCCUCCCCACUUGGGCGUGAUGCCGCCUCCCCAGAAGAGGCUGGUGAUGUUCAGAAACAGGUUGGUCUUCCAGUAAGGGCUCCAUCUCAAGCCACUGCUCCAACUGGUUUCUUCCAAGGGACCAGCACAACAGUCUGGGAGAGAAUACAUGCUCCUACUGUGAGGACAGAGGUGUCCAGCACGUCCCCACCAGCCAGGCAGGACAGCACCCAGCUCCCUGCAGGGUCACCCUCCGUGACACAGGAAUAUGCUCUGCGCCCUGGGGUCGCUCCAGAAGCAAACAGAGACUCCUCAAAUUCUCCUGCAUCUUCAACAGCUCUUGCAGCAGGCAUGGACUCCAGCCAGCCCACCCCACAUCCCACAGCUCGUGUGCGUGGCUUUUACAACACCAUGAGAUCUGCAGAAUGUGCAGGACAUACUGCAAAUGCUGCAGCUGAUGUUCAGGACACAACUUCUCCUGACUCAGAUUCAGACCCAAUGGCAACUACUAAAGGAUCAGACAAACCUCUGCUUUCUACAAGUGAAUCUCUGGACUCUACAAGUGCCAGGGCCAAUGCACCAGACACUGCUUCCAGCAGUUCUAGAUCAGAUCUCCCCUCCACCCUGGACAGUGUGGACAUUGCAGCACCCCCAGACACACCAAUUCCACCAGACACUAGUUCAGUUUCUACUCUGAGCUCCACCAUUGCCACAGACAAAGGGGCUUCUGUCCAUAGCAACGAGGUUGUUGGUUCCUCUACAGAUGGGUCUGGUACUAGAACAUUUGAUUAUUCAUCACCUGUAGGAAAGCAAGAGCCUUCUAAUACAUUAGUUUUUACUGGCCAGGCAUUCUCAGGCCAGGCCAGGGUGCAGACAAUCACAGACAGGCCAGAUGAUCAGCCUCUGUCCAGCUUCUUGUCUCAAACACACUUUGUCAUCCCCGUUUCUGUGGUAAGCGGGGUGACCAUUUGCAGUGUUGCUCUUGUGUGGCUGUACCUGAAGUUUGGAAUGAGACCAGAAGAAUCAUCGAGAGAAAUGGUGCAGGGCUUGCUCUACCAGAGGGCAGGACAUCAGAACAAUGCCUACCCAAUGGAAGUAAUCUGAGUGCUUCGUGGCAUGGACAUUUUUGGCCUAAACUAUGUGUGUGUUACUGCAGAAAAGCUGUUUAUGCUGAACAGGUGACCACCUGUAGGAAGCAAGCCAGGGAAUAAAAAUACCAGAGAAAACCGGUAUUUUUGCAGAGCAGAAUGUCCAACAAUACAUCUGUUUCAUCAUUGACCCAUGACAGUGUUUUGGAAAUCAUUGAGACACUUCUUUUCUUCUGGCUCUGUUACACAUGACGGCUGUGGCUGUUCUUCCUCUGCUGGUGGCUCUUUGCCAGGGGGUGGGCAGAAGUGGAUUCCCAAAUUGCUGUUAGGAAUUUUUCUAUGAUUCAUCAUGGCUAAGCCAAGAAGCCACUCACUCACCCACACUGUUGGACUUGGGCUCAGCCACCUCAAGCAAUCUUAGCACCAAACCCACACGAUUUGCACUUAAACUCUCUGCUGCUUCUUUGUGCUUCAGGUCUCUGCUCUGUCAGACCAAGGCCAAAGCUGGGUGCUGGCUCUCCUUGGGUUGAUCAAAUGUACUCUAAUUAUUUCUCCUUGCUACAGACACGAGGGAUAGCCCAGCUUUUCAGAAAGAGGUGACCAUAACUGCAUCGGAUCAGGGUACUGAAGGUCAGUGCUACAGGCUUCGUGUUCACAGUAGCUGGGAACCCACAAUCUGUCUCCUCCUUGAAAUCAGGCCCUUCCUCUCAACAGCAUUUCUUCUUGCAGAUGUGGUCUGAGACCUGCUUUUUAGGAAAUCAAUGCAAUGAAACUCUUCUGCCAGCUGAUGUGCCCUGUGUCCAGCUGCAUCCAACACCAGGGCAGGAUAAUGCAAACGAUUCUUUGCAAAUGGAAGAAAACAAGAAGUCAUCCAAUAAUGUUGCUAUUCCUGUGAUAAUAUUGGAACACUUUUGCUGUUCUCUGCAAGCAAAAAAACCCAGGAAAUAAUCUCUUGGAGGAGCUAAAGACAAUUCUCGAUUUAGUCAUGUAGGAAUUACUCCACCUCAGCAGAUGUAACAUCCUUCUGCUUCCAUAUUCUCUCCAGAAAUAAGGACAUUUGCUGAUGCACCAAACAAACAAACAAACAAAAAAAGGAGGAAAAAAACAAGAACAAAAUGGCUGUUCAUAGUUCUACGCUUCAUCUGCAUUUUAGUUUUUCCAUCAUUGAUAGCGUUGAUCGCCAGGCUAUGAAAGCAUCCUAACAGUAACAGGCUUUUUUUAAACCCAAGUUGAUUUUGAUUUUUACAC